AUGAAUUUUAUUAAAACGACGCUAUGGGGUGUUGAUCCCAAGGAACAGCACAGGAAGUUGAAAGGUAUAUUGAGAAAAAACCAGCGAGAGUUGGAUAAAUCUUUACGAGAAUUAAGUGUUUUAAAGGGGAAGACACAGGCGUUAAUCAAAAAGUCAGCCAAGGCGAACGAUGUAAAGACGGUUCGUAUAUAUGCGAAGGAACUCUAUCAGAUAAACAAACAGUAUGACCGGGUGUACACGUCGAAGACGCAAUUGCAGUCUAUAGGGAUGAAGAUAGAAGAAUCAUUCCAGAUGAAUAAAAUGCAGCAGAAGAUGGCCCAGAGUACAGGUUUGAUGAUGGAGGUGAAUUCUCUAGUGCAUAUACCCCAGUUGCGGAAUACAAUGAUGGAGUUAGAAAAGGAGUUGGUCAAGUCAGGGAUUAUCAGUGAAAUGAUGGAUAAUUCUCUAGAUGUUUUGGAUGCGGACAUCGAAGAUGAGGAAGUUGAAGAACAAGUGGAGCAAAUAGUUGCAAAGUAUACAAAUGACAAAUUCAACAUGGUGAAUAACAUUCCUCAAACUCAACUGAACCACCAAGAGAACCAAGAAGUUGCUGCCGAGGAACAAAUCGAAGAUGAGGCAGACAAUAUGUUGAAGGAAAUGAGAGAACGGUUGAAUGCCUUACAGGGUUAA